GUUGUUUUUAAUUGCAGUUUUAUUUGCGUCGGGUCGUAGUAUGCCAUUUUUGAACAUUUUUUUAAAAAAUUUAGUUCCUCUUUUUUAUCUAGGCUAUGAUCAUAAGAACCAAACACGUAAACAUGCAGUUGCAGAUAGAGAAUGUAGCUGAAAAUUAGAUUGUGUAUAUUCAUAUUAUUAUAAUUCUCGGCAAAUGCAACGCCACCUUGAAUGUUUAAUGUUAAGGUUGAAUGACCUAAUACUUCGUGUCAACCAUUCAGCUUGCCGCGCAAUUUACAAUAACACUUCACACACUUGUCAUUAUUUUUCACCUCUUAGCUACGAAAUAACACGAUCAAACGUGCCCAGCUCAUGGUAUUAUCCAGAUGUUACUUUCCGUUUCUGUAUAAAUCCAUGUUCACUAUAAAUUGUCCCAAACUUUUUUUUUUUUUUAACGGUACGUUGUAAUACAGCACUCACCGACCCCAGAGGAAGGUGAUGAGAAUGUGCGGUACAUCAUCGUGGAUCCUGGGGCCCUGUCUGACGAGUCGCAGAGCUCGAAGAAGCGGCCCUGCUGGGAGUUCUGGGAGACCAAGACGCUCCUGGGCAUCGUGAAGGAGCUGAGUGAUGCCUCACCCGGCGGCAAGGCACAACUCGAUGAGAACUUCUUCCUGGUGGAACAGGAGAUGCGCAAGCGCGGCGUGGAACGUUGGGACGGCGGCCAGAUCCAGCAGAAGUGGCGCAGCCUGCGCAAGGACUGGCUCAGCGCGCGCAGGGGCAGCUACAGGAACGGCACUGCGAAGACUGUGAGCGAGUUUCAGGAUGAGCUGGACGAGCUGCUUGGCACACCGGAGUCCCACUGCUCGCUGUCUGGCGCUGACACCUCCGGGGACGAGAUCACGGGCUACGACAUGGAGAGCCUGGAGCCCCGGGAUCACGUGGCCGUGGUCCUCGACAACGAAGACAAGAGAUCCCGCAUGGUGACGAGACGCUCCUCCGGGUCCUACCCGGGACAGAAGGACGCGCAAGGGAGUCCGCCCGGCACGAAGCCGUCCACGUCCAGCGACGACGGCCGGGACGCCGACUUCACGCCCGGCCCGGUCAAGGCCAAGAAACUGAAGAUGAGAGACGCCGCACAGCACGCCAAGAAGGACCUGUUCAUCUGGCCGCACGGAGGUGUGCUCCUGCUCUUGAAGGAGUACAAGAAGGUGGAGCACGAGUUUGCACUGGGCAAGCGCCACAACAAGAUCUGGGACGACAUUGCCAAGGCCAUCUGCUCGGUCAACAGGGACCUGAAGGUGACCGGUUGCCAGUGCCAGCAGAAGAUAAGCGGCCUGAAGCGUACCUACUACAGCCUCAAGGAGCAGCGGUCCUCCGGCAGCGACAAGAUAUCGUGGCCUUACUACAAUAUUGUGGACAAGAUAUUUGGCAACAAAGGCCCUGCCCAGAGCCGCUGCAGAAUGCCCAGGAAGAGUCACGCUCCACAGCAGUCGAAACAUUCCGUUACGUCUUCUUCCAGUGACGAGGGAAAUGAUCCUGGAACGUCGACGAAGAAGGUUGGCGUGAAGGUGGUGGUGGAGCAGUACCUGCAGGAGGUGAAGAAGCAGCGUGAAUUGGCGCGGCUCAGGCGCGAGAGGCGCGCUGAGGAGAAGGAACAUCGAAAACUGGACAUGCAGCGUCAGAAGCUGGAGCAAAGACGCCGCAUGCAUGAUGAGCGCAUCACCAUGCAGAGGGCAGCCCUCGACAUCCUCAAGCAGAUCCUGGCCAAGAACCAGUAGCGCUUUGCCCUGUCACCGCUUGCACGAGUGCAUCACCAUGCAGAGGGCAGCACUCGACAUCCUCAAGCAGAUACUGGCAAGAACCAGUUGCGCUCUGCCGUGUCAACGCUUGCACGAGUGCAUCACCAUGCAGAGGGCAGCACUCGACAUCCUCAAGCAGAUACUGGCAAGAACCAGUAGCGCACUGUCAUGUCAUUGUUUGCACGACAAGUGCUUCACCAUGCAGAGGGCAGCACUCGACAUCCUCAAGCAGAUACUGGCAAGAACCAGUUGCGGUCUGCCGUGUCAACGUUUGCACGAGUGCAUCACCAUGCAGAGGGCAGCACUCGACAUCCUCAAGCAGAUACUGGCAAGAACCAGUUGCGCUCUGCCGUGUCAACGCUUGCACGAGUGCAUCACCAUGCAGAGGGCAGCACUCGACAUCCUCAAGCAGAUACUGGCAAGAACCAGUAGCGCUCUGUCAUGUCAUCGUUUGCACGACAAGUGCUUCACCAUGCAGAGGGCAGCACUUGACAUCCUCAAGCAGAUACUGGCAAGAACCGGUUGCGCUCUGCCGUGUCAACGCUUGCACGAGUGCAUCACCAUGCAGAGGGCAGCACUCGACAUCCUCAAGCAGAUACUGGCAAGAACCAGUUGCGCUCUGCCGUGUCAUCGAUUGCACGACGAGUGCUUCACCAUGCAGAGGGCAGCACUUGACAUCCUCAAGCAGAUACGGCAAGAACCAGUAGCGCUCUGUCACAUGUUACGUUGCCCCUUCGUUUUUGUUUCGUGGACUUUCGUAAAUCUCUCUGUAAGUUUUAUAUAUAAAGUAAUCGGCUUGGAGAACCUAGUUGUCAUGAAAUUUGUUUCGCCAAUGCUUUUUUGAAUCUCUAUUAAGUGCCAUCAGUAGGGUUUCAUAAUUUUUUGUAAUGAAAUUAUGGUUGUAAUGAGCUGCUAUCAAAUCAAAACAGAAUAAAUCUUUCCUACGUUUGUAGGCUGUGUUGAACUCUAUAAGAAAGUCAAAAUUUGGUUUGUUUUUUAUUCUUGCAUAUGUUAGUCUGAAAUUUAAGGAGAGAAAUGUAAAUAGAGAAAUUUCAUAGACAGUUUAUUUGGAAGGCUGCAGAAUAUAUGUAUCAUGCUUAAAUGAUAUUAUGACUUCAGCCACAGUUAUAUGUGAACUGAUGUUGUAGCUAUUAAGUAUUUUUGCUAGCUUUAAAAGUGAUUAAAUGCCUUUUGGUACUAAAAA